AUGGUGGACCCAGAUCCUGAUCCUGAUCCUGAUCCAGUCCCAGCCCCAGCCCCAGCCCCAGCUUCUCCUUCUCUGUCGCCAGAGAAGGCCCUUGUAUGUUUCUUGCCUCGAUACCUGCUCGCCUGCAUCCAGGCUGCGAGCGUGGCCAUCCGGGCUCGAAUGAUGGCGACAUGGACACUACGCGACGCUAUUGCCAGGCGUGGCGCUCUGGAGAAGUGGUCGUGCCUCGUCCGUUCCCCGUUCUCCUCCUCCCCCGCGCAGAGCUGCGAGCAGGUGCUGGCAGCCAGACUCGUGAGAGGUCCAGCGGGCGGAGCCUAG